AUGGUGGGGCUGCCGCUGGCUGUGUGGGCCCUGUGCGUGGCGGGGGUCCUGUCCGGGUGCCCCGAGCCCAGCGUCCUGCGGAACGUGAACGGGGAGAGGGUGUGUGCCCGCUUCUACCGGGACAGCAACGUGCUGUACGACCAGUGCUGUGGCGGUGGCUACUUCGACGUCAAGAGCCCGGCCGACGUGCCGGCCAUCCAGGGGUCCUGGGACGACCGCGUCUCCUCGCUGGUGGUGGGGCCCCGAUGUCAGCUCACCGUGUGGGACAAGAAGAACAAGAGGGGCCACCGGAGGACGUUCCGCACCGGCGUGCAGCUCCGACUGGAGGAAGCGACCCGGGGGUUCUUCGGGAACUGGGAUAACUCCAUCAGCUCCUACUACUGCCAAUGCUCCUGA